UUCAAAAAAUUGUUCAGUAGAUUUUUUAUUUGUGCUCUAUACCGUGUGUACGAAAACGAAAACAAAGUGCUAAGAUGCCUGAAUUAUCAGCAGCGGAGAAGGAUUUUCUGCGUCGCAAACAUGAGCAGACAUCAAAAUUGCGUGCCGAAUAUUUGAAACAAAUAUCCAACCCGCACAGACAUGCCACGGGCGAAGGUGGCACUUUGUUUGAUGCCGGUUUGGCACGUUUCCAAGCCAUGCGAGUCUCCAAUUAUGAACACUUUAGGCCAACAGGUGUUGCUUUUCGUGCGGGAUUCUUCGCGGUAAUACUGCCAAUUGCCGUCUACGCUUGGGCGCUGAAAUCAGAACGUGAUGGACGCGAACAAAAGUAUCGCACCGGACAGGUGGCAUACAAAGAUCGCCAGUUUAAAUUCAUUUAAAUUCCUGAUUGUUGAAAUGGGCUUAGCGAAAAGAAACGAUCAUAUUUAAAAUAUGUGCAUUAUCUUUUAUUAAUGAGUAUACAUAGUCUAAUUAAAAUGGAAACAUGAAGAAAAAAAUUGCGAUUGAUAUAAAUAAAAUUCCAGUCACAUCUA